GUCGUUGCCAUGGUAAAUACGCAUUUUUCCUCCUUAGUGUUGUAUUAGUGGUGGACGGAUGACGGCUGGAAAUAAGCUCCGCUGAGUGUCAGGUACUUGGAACAACUGUGGAAGCUCGUGGAGGAAUAUCAAGGAAGCUACAAUGGUGAGGAGAACAGCCUUGGCCCACUGUGGGCUGGUCCUACUGGGUUUGUGGUUGUGUGUCCACUCAGUUCCUAUCAGUGUGGAGAAGGCCCAAGGGGAGCCUCAGGUGGACAAACUGGACCCACCAGCGAGCACUGACACCGGGCUGCACUAUGACCGUUACCUCAGGGAAGUCAUCGAAUACCUUGAGAAAGACCCGCACUUUAGAGAAAAGCUGCAAAAUGCCAGUAUUGAGGACAUCAAGCAAGGCAAACUUGCCAAAGAGCUGGACUUUGUCCAUCGCAAUUUUCGAACUAAGCUGGACGAGUUGAAGAGGGAGGAGAUGAACCGGCUGAGGAUGCUUAUUAAAGCCAAACAUGACCUCCAGGACAGGAAUGGCCGUGCCAUGGACCGCCAGGCCCUGCUGAAACAGUUUGAGCAUCUCAACCAUGUGAACCCACACACCUUUGAGGUGGAGGAUCUGGACCGCCUCAUCCAGUCGGCAACUAAAGAUCUGGAAAACUUUGACAAGACACACCAUGAUGAGUUCAAGAGGUAUGAGAUGAUGAAGGAGCACGAGAGGAGGGAGCACCUGAAGAAAAUGAGUGAGGAGGACCGAAAGAAGGAGGAGCAGCACUACGAAGAGAUGAAGAAGAAACACGCCAACCAUCCCAAAGUUAACCAUCCGGGAAGUCAAGAUCAGUUGAAAGAGGUGUGGCAUGAGGCAGAUGGUUUAGAUCCAGAGGACUUUGAUCCCAGGACCUUUUUCAAAAUGCAUGACAGCAACGGUGAUGGCUACUUUGAUGAAAGUGAGCUUGAAGCUCUAUUCACUAAAGAGCUGGAGAAGGUAUACAACCCUAAAAAUGAAGAGGACGAUAUGAUUGAGAUGGAGGAAGAGAGACUGAGGAUGAGGGAGCAUGUAAUGAAGGAGGUGGACUCCAACCAAGACAGACUUGUGUCUAUGGAUGAGUUUAUAGCGGCAACCAAGAAGGAGGAGUUCCAUGAUAAAAACGAGUGGGAGACUUUAGAUCACAAUCCCUUUUACACCGAGGAGGAGCUGAGAGAGUACGAGCAGCAGCUGGCCCACGAGGAGCAUGACCUAAACAAGAAGUCUGCUGAGCUGCAGAAACAAAGGGAAGAGCUGGAAAAAAAACAGGAAGAACUAGAUCAUCAGAAGAUGGGGCUGAAGCAGGCCAUGGAAGAAAUGGAACGGAUCAAAGGCGAAACUCAGAAAGUGCAUACAAAUCAGCCUGGACCUCACAUUACUGACAAUCAACGAACUAAAGUUGUACCGGGGAACAACCACCCACCUCCUCCUAGUCACAAGCAGCAAGAUGUACCAGUUCAAGGACACUCCUAGUGUGUGUGCGUGUGACAAUCUCUGUGUUCUGAUUGUGUGUCUAUAUUUUCUUCAUCUUAGUUUCCUGUUUAGGAUUUUCAAACAUCUAAAAAACAAGCCGGAGCACCAAAAGCACACGAGGGAACCUGAUUAUGAGCCUUCAGAGUCGGUGCCAUUGAUAUCUCCCCUCCUGCUAAUAAGCUGAAUGAGCCAGAUUUGAAACUUUGAGCUGCUCUAGUUGGCCUGUGGACAAUCGGCUCUUUUGUUUUUUUGCUUUUUCAACUUUUUAUCACAAUGAGGAUGCUGUUCUUCAUGGGCACUCGUUAGGAGGGAAAUGGCAAGGGCAGUGGCCUGAUUAUUGAAUGUUUUGUGAAGACUGUAUUUUAGUUUGUGGUGGAUCUUGUUUCUUACAGAAGAAGCAAAAUAACUUAUUUUUAUCGUAAGAAAUCUUAACAUAAAUAAACUUUGGGGUUUGAAAUCAUCCUACCUACAUUAAGUUAUUAUUUAAUUCCACUGGCACAUUCCUUAAAAACCAUUUCCAUUCUCUUGCAGUUUCUUCUGCACCAGCUGAUUAAAGCACAGCGAAGUUACACUCUACUUCCGUUUUUACAGCUGUGCUGUUAAAGUGACAGUUUUAUGAUUUCUAACUGUGUCGUUUGUGUGUCAGGCUCAGAACAGCGUUAACAUGUGUGUCAUAACUCAUGUUGACAAUAAAGUAUGUGAUUUAUUUAUUCUUUAAUCCCACCUGAAAAUAAUGUUUUCUAAUGGUUAAAAGGACUGUUGAGGACACAAACAUGGACUUCUUUUUUAUGAAGAGGUAACUUAACCAUAUUUUUAUUUACCUUGUGCAAACAUUUUUUCCUCAUUCAGAAGCAAAGUCAUUUUCCUAUUCUGUGCAAUGAAAUUAUGAAACUGUUGUACAUGAAUAAAAUCAUGCAAAGAAAUUGAA